AGCGAAUCAAGCUAAAAUAGCGCUCAGGGAACGAUAGUACAGUAGCAAUGGUUUAGAUUGGAAACUCUGUGGCUCAGGGUUCCAUGUCUUUAUCUGCAAACGGACUUCCCGACAAUAGAUCAAGUUGCGAAAAGAUAGCCUUUUCGAAAUAUUAUCAAGAUGUCGUUGUUGGAAUUUGAAGUUGGUAAUCAACCAUAAAAUGUGUUUAAAAAGCGUACGUGUGAUAUGGUCAUACAAGGAACGGGGACGAACUUCCCAUAAAAGGUGUGUCCUGUUGGAACUGUAAUUUCCAGUAAGCAAUGCGGAGUUGUCAACACCACAGCUUUUUCUAUUUGUGUAAAGUGACAAAGUAUUGUUAACACUUUUUAUUUAGUUUGUUCUUUAAAAGAACGAAUGGCUACUUCCUCAAAAUGAUGAUCUAUCAUUGUGAGGAUUGAAUUAUACUGUGUGGUUUAGUCUCGAGUACUCAGCAACAAUGUUUCUAUUGCUUAUUAUAUUCACAAACCUUGGGACUUUGAUAGCUGAUGAUGUAAUGAGUGAUGAAAAUCUUCAAUGCUUCAACGACAAAGACAAAAGUAUGGUUUGUCAUUUUACAACUGACAAGUCUAAGUGUGCUGAAUACAACAUGACAUUGAAAUUAUUGGACCCACAAAAAAAGGUCUGGAAUGAUUGUACUUUCAAGGAAAAGGAGAGGUCCAAUGGUGUUUCCAAAUGUGGAUGUUAUAUUCAUCCAAUGGAACUUGUUAUUGGGGAGGAGUUUAAUGCAACACUUUGGAAUUCUGGGAAGCGCCUAAAUUCCAAAGUAAUCAGUAUCAAAAGCAGCAUAAAACCCAAAACCCCCACUGUCCAAGAGGUGAAACCAACAGAAAAUGGGAAUUUCCUGGUCAAAUGGAAGACAAACUACCCUGAUGAUGCACUGUUUCCUAAGUACUUGAUUGCCGAAUUGAGCUACAGAAAGAAAGGAGAAACAGAUGAGGUGUCCAAAAAUGACUCAACAACUUCCCAUGAAAUACUUGGCAGAGACUUGGAGCCAAACACCAUUUAUGCUCUGAAGGUCAGAACCUAUACUGACUUUAGCGGCCGUUUCAGUGACUGGAGUGAAGAGUUGGAAUUCACUAACCCUGCAUCAUCUCAGAAAGUGCUCCAGAUUGUCAUUGUUUUAAGUUGCAUUACCAUUAUCAUCAUCACAAGUACUUUGUUUUGGUGCAGUGUUAGACUCAAAACCAAGUUGUGGGAUAAUAUUCCUAAAUGUUCAAACUCAGAACUUUUGUAUAUGGUUCCAGGAAUACAUAAGAUAUUGUCUCCUCCCAAAAUACUUUUGUCCCCCAUCUAUGUUGAUUCUUCAAAAAUGGACAUUGAAGGAAAAACAUGGACAAACCUCUCGAUAGGGGAUGGGAGCAGUGGAAGAGGCCAGCAGCAAGGCAGUGGCUCAGAGCUUGACUCAUCAUCUUCCCUGGGCUAUGCCCACACAUGUUCCGUGAGCCCGGAGACUAGUAAUGUGCAGAUCAUUAGCCAUCUUCAAGAGGCCCUGAGCAAAGUCUUUCCCAGCCUUGUUCCUUUGGACGGGAAUCCUCAGUUAUUGCUCUUGGCCCCUCCUAUGACAGAUGCUUGUACACAAAUGAACUGCCCUGAGUCAAAUAGAGACAGUGGUGUGUGUUCAUCUGACUUCAAUCGUCUUCAUUUAAUGAGUGAGUUUGGAGGCUCUCGUGGGUCGUCUUGUUACAACAAUAUUACCUACUCCCACUCAGUGCCCCUCAACUUCCUUCAAGAGUUAACAACAAGCGAGACAUCCUCAUUUCCUACACAGCCUCUGCUCUUUUGUAACUCCUUCUACCAUACUGGUGAGGCUGAAGUGUUGAAAAAUUGCCAUCCACAGCUGUUUCUUGGUACUGGUCAACAAGACCUUAACUUGUCCACUAACUGUGCACCCCUCUUGCAAACCGACUUUUCAUAUCACCCAUGUGAUGGCGCCAGUGAUGAUUCAGAGACUACCACGUCAGCAGAGGACACCAGUCUGAUCUACGGCUCUAAUGACAGCAAUGUUACCAGUGUCGUUGCUGGAUAUCAGAGCUUCAGUGAGGCGGUCGGUAAGUACAAUGAGCGAGGGACUGAUGCCUUCAUGGACGUGCCACUGCCACUUAAGGGUUUCAAGGAUGUGAAUCCAUGUUACCACAGCCUGCCAGACCCUGGAUGCAGCCUCCCCCCGAGUGACGGCGAUUAUCAGGCUUUACAGAGCCUGGGACAAAAUAGCCCAGAUCAGUGGGUUUCAGGGCAGAGUGCUGAACAAGACAAACUGUUGAACAAGUGUCUGGAGACUGAGAUCCCUCAAAACUCCAUGGGGAACAUGCCUCUAAAUUUCAUACCCAACUCACAGGGAGGACAAUGUCCGAUACUUGGAAGUCCCUUUCUUACUGCUUUCUGUUCAGACCAAGCCAUGCAAUUAGACAAUGACAGCUCUUAUCAUUGUGUGUGAUGAUACGGUAGACGCUUUUGCAUUUCACUUUGCUAUUUUUUUUAUCUUGAGGAAUUGAGCUCAUAGAUGUGUUUUUUCAAUAUCAUACAAACGGUUUGAAUACCAUUCUGCCAUGAAAAUGCUGUAGCCUCAAGUCCAGAAAUGGUCCACAUGUUGCAUGUACAGCUUCUCUAAAUAAACAUUUGUGUGUGGGAAACUGCAACAGUUAA